AAGAAGAAAGUAAAAUUUUCAUUUCAUUUAUUCGAAGAAAAAAAAGAAAUAUUUCAGAAAAUAUAAAGUUUUAAAUAUUUUAAAAAUUUUGCUGUGAAUGUUAUAAAACAAUUGAAAUACAAAAAUUUCUGAUAAAUGUGAAAAGUGUAGCAAUAGUUUUUGAUUUAUAUUUUUAAGUUUAUUUGCUUUUUCAAUUGGUUUUUUUUUUGGGGGAUUUUGGAUAUUGAAUUUUAUUUAAAAGGAAGUUUCAGGAUAAUCAGUAUAACAUUUAAAUCAAACUGAAAGAGCAAAUUUUUUUUUCUCUUUAUAAAAUAACAAAAAGUUAUUUAUUUAAAGAACUUUAUUUAAAAAAUAUAUAUAUAAAAAAUGGAUGAAGAUACAGAAUAUAAAAAACUUCCUGUAGAAGAACGUUGCGUUCAUAAAUUAUGGAAAGCUCGUGUUGAUGGUUAUGAAGAAGCAACAAAAAUUUUUAGAUCAAUUGAUGAUGAAAAAUCACCAGAAUGGAAUAAAUUUUUAGGUUUGGUAAAAAAGUUUGUAAUUGAUUCGAAUGCUGUUGCACAAGAAAAAGGUUUAGAAGCAACAUUAAUAUUUGUUGAAAAUUCAGCAAAUGCGGGUAAAACAGUUGGUGAAACAAUGUCCGGUAUUGUACAAAAAUGUAUUGCCGCACCAAAAACAAAAACAAAAGAAUUAUCUGUACAAAUAACAUUAAUGUAUAUUGAAAUUGAAAAACAAGAAGCUGUUAUGGAAGAAUUAUUAAAGGGUAUGGAACAUAAAAAUCCUAAAAUUGUUGCAGCAUGUACUGCAUGUGCUACAUUAGCAUUAAGGGAAUUUGGUAGUAAAGUAAUAGGUGUUAAACCAUUAAUAAAGAAAUUAGCACCAUUAAUGAGUGAUCGAGAUAAAUCGGUACGAGACGAAGGAAAACAAUUGGCUAUCGAAAUUUUUAGGUGGAUUGGUGCAGCCAUGAAACCACAAAUUGCAUCAUUACCGCAAGUCACAAUUAAUGAAUUAGAAAGUGAAUUUGUAAAAUUGACUGGUGAAAAAGCUGAACCUACAAGGUAUUUAAGAUCACAACAAGAAAAACAACAAGCCGUUUCUGCAGCUGCGGUUGCUGACGGUGGUGAUGAUGGUGAUGCAAGGGAAAACACUAAAAAGAAAAAAAUUCUUAAAACAAAUUUUGAUGGAGAUGGAGGCGAAGAAAUCGACCCUAUGGACCUCAUUGACCCCGUUGAUAUACUUUCAAAAUUACCCAAAGAUUUUUAUGAAAAAUUGGAAGCAAAAAAGUGGCAGGAAAGAAAAGAAUCAUUAGAAGCGUUAGAAAAAUUACUGGAAAAUCCUAAACUUGAAAGUGGGGAUUAUGGGGAUGUUGUACGUGCAUUGAAAAAGGUUUUAACAAAAGAUACAAAUGUUAUAUUAGUUGCCAUGGCUGGUAAAUGUAUGGCAUCACUUGCAAAAGGUUUGGGAAAGCGAUAUUCUACAUAUGCUUCUGCCUGUAUACCUGCAAUAUUUGAAAAAUUUAAAGAAAAAAAAGCAAAUGUUGUAGCAGCUUUGCGUGAUGCUAUCGAUGCAAUAUAUCCAUCAACAUCAUUAGAAUCUAUGCAGGAAGACAUUGUUGAAGCUUUAAAUAACAAAAAUCCAAGUGUAAAAGCUGAAACAGCAUCAUUUUUAGCAAGAGCUUUCACAAAAACUCAGCCAACUUCCUUAAAUAAAAAGCUUCUAAAAGUACUUGUUACGUCUUUAUUGAAAACUUUAAACGAACCAGAUCCAACUGUUAGAGAUUGCGCCGCAGAAGCUUUAGGAACGCUUUUAAAGUUAAUGGGGGAAAAAACUGUUGGGGUUUUCUUAACUGAAGUAGAUGCCUUAAAAAUGGCUAAAAUUAAGGAAUGUCAAGAAAAAGCAGUUAUAACAAUAAAAAUUGCCGGAUCUAAAAAAGAACGUCCUGCGACGGCUCCGACUGUCAAAUCAGCGACAGUAAAAGCAGGAAGCGCAGAUCCAAAACCUGUUUCACGUCCUGCUACAGCUGCUGGUGCUAAAAAGGCGCCAGUGAAAAAAGACACACAAAGACAAGGUGGAGGAGGAACUGGAAAUUCAAUUGCUAAAUCAGCUAGCUCAAGCAAAGUAGUCCAAACAGAAAAAGAGCUCACACCAGAGGAAGUUUCAGCACGCGCAGAAGAACUUUUGACUCCCGAUAUUUUAAGCGGUUUAGUGGACAGCAACUGGAAAACACGUUUGGCAGCAGUUGAAAAUUUCCAAAAUCAAAUUGGUGAUUUUGAUAUCAAGACUCCAAAUAUAGCGCAAAUUUUAGUAAGAACAUUAAGUCAAAGAAAACCUGGUUUAAAAGAAAUGAAUUUUCAAGUUUUAAAAAUAAAAUUGGAUAUAAUAAAAAUCAUAACAGAAAAAUUUACUUUCACUACAACAACAGCAGAUUUUAUUAUGAAUGAAGUUACGGAAAAAUUGGCUGAUCCUAAAAAUGGAGUUGUGGCUGCCCAACUUUUAACUUCAAUUGCUGAAAUAAUAAAACUUGACUACGUUGUUUCAAAAGUAAUUUCCUUUGCUUUUGAGCAGAAAUCACCAAAGGUACAAUCGGAAGGACUUAAUUGGACAAAUCAAGCAAUCAAAGAAUUUGGAUUUCAAGUUAAUCCAAAAUUAUUAAUUGACGACAUUAAAAAAGGAGUCCAAAGUACAAACCCUACAGUUAGAACUGCCGCAAUUUCUUUAUGUGGGUCGUUGGCUAUGUAUAUGGGUAACACUAUACUAAUAUUUUUUGAUAACGAAAAACCAGCUGUUAAAUCAAUAAUUGAAGCUGAAGUAAGUAAAAAUUUAGGGCAAAAGCCACCAGCUCCUAUAAGAGGUGUGAAAAAAAGUUCAAGUCUUGGUUCUGUAGUCGAUGAGGAAGAUGAUGACACUGCUGCAGGAGGUGGUCAAGAACCUAUGAAUAUUGCUGAUUUGCUACCACGUGUUGACAUCUCCUCACAAAUUACUGAAUCUCUAUUAGCAGAAAUUGCUGACAAAAAUUGGAAAACGAGAAAUGAAGGUCUUAUAAAAUUACAGUCAAUAUUAAAUGAUGCAAAACUAAUCAAACCGUCAAUUGGAGAUUUACCGCAAGCUUUAGCUCCUCGUCUUGGGGAUAGUAAUGCCAAAAUAGCUCAAACUGCAUUCCAAAUAUGCGAGCAGCUAGCUACAGCAAUGGGUCCAGCUUGUAAAACGCAUGUCCUAACUUUGUUCCCAAUGUUUUUACAUGGCUUGGGUGAUAAUAAGGUUUUUAUAAGACAAUCUUCGUUAGCUUGUAUAAAUACAUGGGGAGAUCAAUGUGGCUAUAAAGAUUUUUUUACUAAUGAAAUGAUAGCAGAUUCUUUGAAAACUGGAAGUCCCGCUCUUAAAACAGAGUUGUGGGGAUGGUUGGCUGAAAAAUUACCAAAUAUUCCUGUUAAAGCAAUACCAAAAGAUGAAAUUGUUGCAAUGCUACCUCAUUUGUAUGCAAAUAUAUGUGAUCGAAAUGCUGAUGUUAGGAAAAAUGCAAAUGAAGCUGUUUUAGGAAUAAUGAUUCAUAUCGGAUUUGAAAGUAUGGUUAAAGCAUUAGAUAAGCAAAAACCAGCUUCUAAGAAAGACAUUCAAGCAGCUUUAGACAAAGCAAGACCCAAUCUUCCAGUUAAGCCAUUACCGAAAGGUAAGCAACAAGCUCCAAUUUUGGAAGAGGUUGUCAAAACAAAAGUUGCACCUGGAAAAACAAUUAAAUCUCAAAGCAAAAUUCCGGAAAAACCUGUUAGUUCGAGGAAAAAAGAAGAGGAUGUUGAUACUUCACCUUUAUUAGUUGUAAAUAGCACAAAAAAUCAACGUUUAAUUGACGAACAAAAAAUGCGCGUUUUAAGGUGGUCUUUUACCACACCGAGGGAGGAAUUCAUUGAAUUAUUAAAAGAACAAAUGUCUACUGCUAAUGUUAAUAAGGGUUUAAUGGCGAAUAUGUUUCAUGACGAUUUUCGAUAUCAUUUAAAAGUGAUUGAAGCAUUAGUCGAAGAUGUACAAAUCAACAGUAAAGCUCUUAUUUGUAAUUUAGAUUUAGUCUUGAAAUGGUUAUCUCUAAGAUUUUAUGAUACCAACCCUUCUGUUUUACUGAAAGGUCUUGAGUAUCUGAACAUAGUUUUUCAGAUGUUAACUGACCAAGAGUAUAUUCUGGCCGAAAAUGAAGGCAGUGCCUUUAUUCCACAUCUUUUAACAAAAAUUGGCGAUCCAAAAGAUGCAGUUAGAAAUGGUGUACGUUCCCUUUUGCGACAAAUUUGUUGUGUUUAUCCGUUUGCAAAAGUUUUCGUUUAUGUUAUGGAUGGUUUAAAAUCAAAAAAUGCUCGUCAGAGAACAGAAUGUUUAGAUGAAUUAGGCUAUUUAAUUGAAACUUAUACAUUAUCAAUAUGUCAACCGACUCCCCAAGCUGCACUUAAAGAAAUAGCUCGGCAUAUAUCAGAUCGUGACAAUUCCGUAAGAAAUGCUGCUUUAAAUUGUGUUGUUCAGGCAUACUUUUUGGCUGGUGAUAAAAUUUAUAAAUUAAUUGGACAAAUGAAUGAAAAAGAUUUGUCAAUGUUAGAUGAGAGAAUUAAAAGAGCUAAAAAGACACGAAAACCUACACCUGUUGUUGAAGCAGUGAAAGUACAACCAAUGCAAUCCGAAAUUGAAAUUGAAGAUAACGUAACUGACCCAGCUGAUGAUGAAUUACCACCACCUGAUGAAAGUAAUUCGCCGUCAGCGGUAAAUAGUUCUAUGAAAUUAGAAGAUAAGAAUGGUUAUUCUAAUCAAGAACAUACUCUGAAAAGACAAGCAACAUUUGAUCAACCAAGCAUUCAGCAAAUGCCUCAUAAACCUUCUGGUCCAUUUGGUUUAGAUCCUCAAGUGAUAGCUGAUAUAGAAAAAGAUUGGGUAAAGUCCGAUCAAAUGAAACAAGUUCAAGUGGAGCGUGUUGAUUUAAGUUUUAUGGAUGAACCAAUUCGUAUUGUAUCUAAAGACGGAGUAGGCUAUCCACAAGAUAAAUUUGAUAAAUUAAUUUCACAAUCUCAUAAUAUGAUACCACAGCAUAAUACAUCAAGUAAUAACAUAUACACAAUGAGUCCUUCACAACCUGUUUCAGCAUAUACAUCAAGAACGAACCAGCAUCAGCCUCAACAAAAUUUGGCCGAUACAUUAUUACCAAAUAAACUAGACCCAGCAUUGGUAAAAAUAAUACAACAAAUAGCACAUACAGAUACAUUAACGGCAAGGGCUGCAAUGACUGAAAUUGGAGAUAUUUUAGAGUCUCCAGAUAAACAGGCUGCGUUAAGAGACUAUGAGGAAAUGUUUAUUCAAAGUGUUGCAACACAAUUCAAGAAUCUCUCACAAAUACCUAUAAAUGAAUCUUUGAUAAUCUAUCAGCCUUUGUUAUCAAUAACGUAUGCAUUUUUCAACUCAAAAACAUUGGGCAGAACAUUAGGUGUAUCAAGUUUGAAAAAUAUUAUGUCAGUGUUAUUGGGAUUAAUGGCCGAUCAAAGACUGUCAGUUGGUGACGAUGGACAAUAUACUAAAGUAAUUAAUGGAAUAUGUUUAAAAAUUUUAGACAGAACGAAUUUUACAAAUUUAAAUUGUGCUCUAAUUCGUUUACUAAAAGAAACAUGCCCGAGCGCUGGCUUGCCUAAAUUUACCGAUUUACUAAUGAAGUGUAUAUGGAGAAACGUAAAAAUGAUGACAGAUCGGUCCAACGAACUAGAUUAUGAUGCUGUUCUAAUGGAAGUUCAUGAAUUUAUGUUAGCUCUUCCAAGUUCAUGGUGGCUACAACGUCCAUCAGAUACACCGUUGAGAACCGUUAAAACUAUAAUACAUAAUAUGACAAAAAUAAAAGGCAACGCAAUUUUGCAACAUUUAAAUAAAAUUCCAUCUCAUUCAGAGUUACAUGCAUAUUUAAUUAAAAUACUGAAGAAUAUACAAAAAGAUGGAGGAGGAUCUGGAGUUUCACCUCAACGAUCGAAUUCAGGGAAGGAUAUACAAGCAAAACGCUUCUCAAAUCAAACACAUGAAACUAUGACACAAAUAUUUAAACUUAUAUCUGAUAAAGAAACAAGCAAACAAGGUUUUAAUAAAUUAUAUGAAUUUAAGGUUGAAAAUCCUGAAGUUGAUGUUGCGCCCUUUUUAAAAGGAGCAAGUCCAUGUUUUCAAAAAUAUAUUGAAGAUGGUUUAGCUGAGUUGGAAAGACAAUAUUCUAAUUCAAACAAUUCAAAUAAUCAAAAUAAUGCAAAUGGUGAUAAUAAAUAUGACACAAAAAUUAUGCCGUCAACGAAUCGUCCUGGAAACAAACUUGAUCCAGAUUAUUGGAUGGAAAAAUUAAGUCGACUUCGAGCAAAAGGAAACUUAAAUUCAUCAAAAAAUGAUGAUAUUAAUCAUUUAAUCGAUAACAAAGUAGCUGAUGAAAACUUAAAUUUAAAUCAAAUUCAAACUAAAGUAUCAUUAAUACGUAAAGAUAAGCCAGAACUUUCACCAAAUCGAUUGGAGCAUCUCCAACAAAAAUUAGCGCAAAUUAAGCAACAGAAACAAAGCUAAGCAGUUUAUUAUUACUUAAUUUAUUUGAUUAUAAUAUUUUUUUAAUUAAUUGAAAGAAAUAAAUGAUUAAUGAAGUAUAUGCAUAUUAAGUAAUUACAAGCAAAUCAACAAAAAAGAAAUAUAACUUUAAAGUAUUAAAUUUUAAAGAAAGGAAUACAAUUAUUUAAAUAAAAUGAAACGAAAAGAAGGAAAUAUUAAAUUUUUGUUUUGUUUUCUAUAUUUUAAGAAAUUUAACAAAUAGUAUUUUUUUUUUAAUAAUAGCAAUAUUUUACAAGUAUUUGCACUUUAACGCAUUAUAAGAAAAUUGUAAAUUAUUUGAUAUAAAUCUAUUACAAAAUAGUUUUUACACUAAAAAUUUUAUCUGCAUUUUCAUUUCGAUUCGGGCUUUGACUUUCAAAAGAAAUAAUUUUUGUACGUAAAUCUUAUUGACUUUCCGGUUAGAUAUAUGGGAUUGCAAUUCAUGAUUUUAUAUUUAUUUGUCUGAUUUAUUGUUGUAUUUUUAAAUAGAUAGGUUUAUAUAUAUUUUUUCGUACUGAUUUUUAAUAGUGAUUAAUGUACAUUACCAUAUCAGGUAAACGGAAUUAGAGAUCUGUUAGGUAUAGGAAUGAAAUCCUAUAAAGUUGAAAUAAAAUUAAGAUAAGCUAAGUAUAAUUAAAUCAAGAAUUAGAAAGUUUCCUGUAAUUGGAGUAAUUAUCAACGGAGUUGUAAAAAUUAAAUAAUUACGACAGAAUAAAUGUUAACAUAAAACCUUUAAAAUAUAAAUAGAAAUCUUCGAUUUGCUAUAAUAUUUUUAUUGUCUUAUCCUUCAGCUUUUCUCACAGCUUUGAAGAAAUACCAUUCAUAUAAAUUAUAUUAGAAGAUGUGAACACUUUCAAAAUUCCUUGUAAAUUAUAAUUAGAUAUUAUAAAUUAAUUUUUAUUAGUAUGUUAUACUAUUGUUAUGUUAAAUUUUGGUUAUAAUGAAAGUCAAACAGUGAAGAAAGGAUCGGUAUUACAUUAAAUUAAAAAUUUUUUCUAUAAUAUUACAUCACAAUGAAAAAAUUUUUCUAAUUUUGUUUUUUAAACUAAUUAAUUUAUAGACCUCGUAAAUUAUUAUCAAUAAAAGUUUUCUUUUGUUUCAAGCUAAUUAUUUGCUUUUAAUAGAAAUAAAUUUAUUUACUUUUUCGUAUAAUGAAAUAUUAAUAAAAUUUGGCAAAAUUUAAAAGUAUUAAAAUAUUAUUAAAAUAAUUUCAUACAGUGUUUUUGGAGAUAAAUUAAAAUUUAAUACGGCAAAGUUAUUAUUUAUAUUAAUCUAGAAUUUUUUUUUAUUUUGCGCUUGUGUUUAAUAAUAUCCUUUAAGUUAGUUGAUUAAAAUAUAUAGAUAUUAAUAUUUUAUUAUGCGAUAUAAGAUUUUAUUCUCUCUAAUAAUUUUACACAAAAUUUUUUUCAUAUUUUUAUUUUUUAAAUAAAUAAAUAUGUUAAUUCUCAUGAAUUUCUUUAUUUUUAAAUAUUAUUCAGAAUUUAUAUUAAAUUGUAUUUAUUUAUAAUUAGCUUUAGUUAUUCAUUAAGAAAAAAAAAAUUCAAUAAUUCUAAAAAAUAAAUAUAAUUUUUAUCGUUGUGUUCUAAUGAGGAGGAAUGAUAAUUGAAAACGUUAUAAAUGUGAAAUUUUGUCCUUAAUCAGAACGUAGAAUGUAAAAUAAUUAAAAAUAUUGUAAUGUUUUUACUUAUAUAGAAUAAUUAAAAUAUACUUUUUUUUUUCCUAGAAUUAUGUUAUAUAAUCACAAAUUUAUAUAAAACUGUAACUUUUUUAAUUAAGGAUGUUGUUUUAUUUUUGAUUAAAAUUCAAACCUUCAUAUCUCCAGUUAUAUCUCGAAAUAAAA